UUGAUAAGCGCCACCCGCUGUUGCUAAGUAACCAAAGAAGCUUUAGCUUCGCCAUCGCCUUGUCUUCGUUUAGCAUCUCGAUAGCUGAGUUUAAAACCUUGCACGGCGAUGGAAGUGACGAUGGACCCUUUGUUUCUCGCGUGGAGCUAUUUCAGGAGGCGAAAGCUUCAACAGUGUUCAGAGAUUUGUAGUAAACUAUUGCAAGAAAAUCCCUACGACCAGGACUCAUCUUUACUUAUCUCAGAGGCUGCAUGGAGCUUAAAAACCAGAGCCCUCACAGAGAUGGUGUACGUUGAUGAAGUUGAUGUUGACGAGGAGGGGAUUGCUGAGAUGAUGCUGGAUGAGAGCUCUAUAGCACAAGUUGCACGACCUGGAACAUCGCUGAGACUUCCUGGAACAAGUCAGGGUGGUGGUCCCACUCCAGCAGUCAGGCCAGUGACACAAUCAGGACGUCCUAUUACAGGCUUUGUGAGACCCAGCACGCAGUCGGGGCGUCCUGGAACGAUGGAGCAGGCCAUUAAAACCCCACGCACUGCAAGCACUGCUCGUCCUGUCACUAGUUCUUCUGGUAGAUUCAUUCGUUUGGGAACUGCUUCAAUGCUGACCAAUCCAGAAGGACCUUUUAUAAAUUUGUCAAGAAUAAAUCUGUCCAAGUAUUCCCAAAAGCCCAGUUUGUCCAGAACUUUAUUUGAGUACAUCUUUCAUCAUGAAAACGAUGUUAAAAAUGCUUUAGAUUUGGCAGCUCAAGCCACUGAGCAUGCACAGUUCAAAGAUUGGUGGUGGAAGGUUCAACUGGGAAAGUGUUACUACAGGCUGGGUUUAUACAGAGAAGCAGAGAAACAGUUUCGAUCGGCUCUCAACCAGCAGGACGUGGUAGAUACGUAUCUCUACCUCACAAAGGUUUAUCAGCGCUUGGAUCAACCAAUAACAGCCCUCAACCUUUUUAAGCAAGGCCUGGACCACUUUCCUGGUGAGGUCACUCUUCUAACGGGAAUUGCCCGCAUCCAUGAGGAGAUGAACAACAUUUCCUCGGCCACAGAAUACUACAAGGAGGUCUUGAAGCAGGACAACACCCACGUGGAGGCGAUUGCCUGCAUAGGCAGCAAUCACUUCUAUACUGAUCAGCCCGAGAUCGCGCUGCGGUUCUAUAGGCGGCUUCUCCAGAUGGGCGUGUAUAAAUGCCAGCUGUACAACAACCUGGGCCUCUGCUGUUUCUAUGCGCAGCAGUACGACAUGACGCUGUCGUCGUUUGAGAGGGCUCUGGCACUGGUGGCCAGUGAUGAGGAGCAGGCAGAUGUCUGGUACAAUAUCGGACAUGUGGCUGUGGGCAUCGGAGACUUGACGCUGGCAUAUCAGUGUUUCAAACUGACCCUGGCUUUCAAUAAUGAUCACGCCGAGGCGUACAACAACCUGGCGGUCCUGGAGCUGCGAAAAGGUCGUAUUGAGCAGUCCAAAGCCUUCCUACAGACAGCGGCGUCGCUGGCCCCUAACAUGUACGAGCCCAACUACAAUCUUUCCAUUCUGUGUGAAAAGAUUGGAGACCUUCAGAGCAGCUACACUGCAGCCCAGAAGUCUGAGGAUGCUUUUCCAGAGCACGCCGACACACAGAAGCUGCUCAAGCAGCUUCGGCACCACUUUGCGGUGCUGUGAGGUUCGAAAGCCACCGGGCAUGUUAUGAAAGUAGUAAAAGGUGGGCAGAAAAAACAACAGGGGCAUUAGUUUUAUUUAUGUUCAUUUGUACAAUAGAUCAGUGAAUAAAUCAACUGCAUGAGAUAUGUACUCCACUUUGCUAAAUAUUUAUUAGGUGUUUCUAACAAAAUGAUGGAAUAACCUUGAAAUGCCUCUCUGUUGUAUUGUAGAUAUGUAAAGGACACCUGUUAUUUGUUAUUUCACUCAAUUCCUUGUUAAAUUCAUGAGAGUUUUAUAAUUAUAAUUAAUUGCAAAAAUGUUAUAGUUAAGUCAAAUAUUUGCUGCUAUACAAAAAAAAAAAAACUUAACAUGGAUGUAUUUUCAGACAAAGAUUUUUGUAGUUCCGAUGUUCCUUGCUGUUUUGUAGUUCAUAUAGGGUAAACAAUAAAGAAACAGCACUAAGGA